UCUGCCUGAGUUUGCAGUUGAGUGCACCAGGGCAACACGGCCGUCUUAUAUAACUUUAAAAAUACUCACGGGUUUAAUGGCGCAGAAGCGGACUUGUGCGCUGCAGAUUUGUCGAUUCAUUGCGGAUUUAUUGUAAAAUGUUUGGACAACAGAUCUACAGGUGACUUUUUUUUUUCUUCCCCCCCCCGUCUGCUGGUGACGUGCGUUAAAAGUUACCGACAGAUCAGGCGCUCACGGUGGAACUCGGCUGCUCCAAGAUAUGUCAGCGACGGCGUUUGUCUGAAGUGAGAAAACAGUAGAUAUUUCGGACGAUGUUUUCCUGCCAAACGGAGGGAGAGACCGCAACAAAUCCAGCAGGCGUUUCACCACGCGUCAUUCUCGCAAGGAAAGUCUUCUAUUGGAGUGCUUGACUGUUUGGACAUUGCGUUAUUUCUCAUUAUUUUUUUUUUUCUAACCUGGACUGGCAGGAGAUGACCUAACCGGUGCAGCGCAUCCUUCUUUCACCACAGGAUAGAGAAAUGGAUCAGGGUGGACCAAAGCGCAACGGUAAUCGAGACGACAGCCUGGCAUUUGAGGAGACGGGGGAGGGAGUAGGCAGAAGCCCGGGUGACACGGCUAGUUCACUGCUCCAGUCUUCAAUCCACCUGCCGGGCUCAGGAUCCCUACCCCAGUCCUCGGUUGCCCCGAACCUACAAGGAGGAACCAAAGACCCGGCUGAUCUUGGAGGCCUCUUUGAGUCCCCGCAGCAUCAUAUCCUCGCUGAAGGGUCAGAUAUGAAGGAGGGUAAAAUGAUCAAAAUGCAGAAGCAUCAGCACCAGCAGGAUAUUGGUGUGUUCAACUUGGAGGACAACUUGUCGUUUUUGAAACAGAGCAUCUCCGACCUGGACCGGACGUCCACCUCUGUCAUCAACACCUCGGACACCUCUGUGCUGGGAAACCUCCCUCUGCCCGACCUUUUUUCCCCGCACAUCAAACAGGAGGGGAAUUUCUCCCUGGAUAAAGACUUGGAAACUUACGGCGGACCUACAGGUGCUGGUCUGUGUGAUUUGGAUGGAAACAGCAGUCGCCUAAUCGAGGAUACCGAGAUAUGGCAUGACCUGGACCUCCCUAGUUCUCUGCCAGAGAUCAGUGAUUUCGAGUUGGAUUCAGAGGUGGCGCACUUGGAUACCAUCCUUCAUGACAGCCGGGCUGGUGGUGGUCCUGUCAGCGCCUUUCUUAAGGAAACUAAGUCUCUCAUGGGUAACGGAGUUAACUGUACCAACGUGAACGGUAGGGACCAGCAGCACCACCCAUUGCACCAUCAGCAGCAGCAUCAACAGCAACACCAACUUCUACAGCACCAGCAACAGCUUCAUCAUCAACAGCAACCGCCUGUGUCGCUUCUUACAAGCGUCAUGAUCAAGGAAGAGAAAGAUCCGGAUGACUCAUUCAUACACAUCCGUACUCCUGGUGUGAUCAAACAGGAGAAGCAGGAAGGCGCUGGUUACUGUCAGUCACAGUGCCUACAGAGCAGCAUGAGUCCACUCCCCAUGUCCUCGCCUAUGGGUGUCGGAGCAGGUCCUGGCUACCAUUACAGAGCCAGUGUUUCCUCCACAGCAGGUCUUCAAGACCAGAAGCCCUUUGGCCCAUUCUCGAACCUGCCUCUGGUGGGGGACAGCUGGGCCAGGGGGAGCAGGUAUGGAGAGUCUUCUGGGAUUCAGAGAGGUGAUGACGGGCUCCCCUCAGCAGCAGCCAUGGCAGCUUUCUCUGUCUCCAGCUUCGCAAGUAUGCAAUCCGGCUCAUCAUCGAGAGCAGGAGAGACCAGCACCUCAAAUGCCUCUGGCCAAUCAAAGCCCGGCGGUCAGACGCACAAGAUCUGUUUGGUGUGUUCAGAUGAGGCCUCGGGAUGCCACUACGGGGUCGUGACCUGCGGCAGCUGCAAGGUGUUCUUCAAGAGGGCCGUUGAAGGAUGGAGAGCACGACAAAACACAGAUGGCCAGCACAACUACCUGUGUGCAGGGAGAAAUGACUGCAUCAUCGAUAAGAUCCGGAGGAAGAAUUGCCCGGCCUGUCGCUUCAGGAAAUGUCUUCAAGCCGGAAUGAACUUGGAAGCAAGGAAAAACAAGAAGCUGAUCAAGAUGAAAGUGCAGCGACCCGCUGGAUCAUCCGAGCCUCUCAACAACAUGCCUGUUCCAGUCAUCCCCAGGUGCAUGCCCCAACUCGUGCCCACCAUGCUGUCUGUGCUCAAGGCCAUCGAGCCAGAGAUCCUCUACUCGGGAUACGACAGCACACUGCCUGACACCUCGUCGCGGCUCAUGACCACUCUGAACAGGCUGGGAGGACAGCAGGUCAUCUCUGCAGUCAAGUGGGCAAAGUCCCUGCCAGGCUUCCGCAACCUGCACCUGGAUGACCAGAUGACACUGCUGCAGUGCUCCUGGCUCUUCCUCAUGUCCUUCAGCCUCGGUUGGAGGUCGUACGAGCAGUGUAACGGCAGCAUGCUCUGCUUCGCCCCUGAUCUCGUCAUCAACAAAGAUCGUAUGAAGUUGCCCUUCAUGAACGAGCAGUGCGAGCAGAUGCUGAAGAUCUGUAACGAGUUUGUCAGACUGCAGGUGUCCUAUGAUGAGUACCUGUGUAUGAAGGUCCUGUUACUGCUCAGCACAGUACCAAAAGAUGGCCUGAAAAGCCAGCCAGUGUUUGACGAGAUCCGUAUGACGUACAUCAAGGAGCUGGGAAAAGCCAUCGUGAAGAGAGAGGAAAACACUAGUCAGAACUGGCAGCGCUUUUACCAGCUAACUAAGCUACUGGACUCCAUGCAGGAGAUGGUGGAGGGUCUUCUCCAGAUCUGUUUCUACACCUUUGUGAAUAAAACCCUCAGUGUGGAAUUCCCUGAGAUGCUGGCAGAGAUCAUCACCAACCAGAUACCAAAAUUCAAAGACGGGAGCGUCAAGCCUCUGCUGUUUCAUCAGAAAUGACUGCCUUAAACUGUGAAGCAAUGCCUUAAAUUCAGCCCUGCCCGUGUACCUCUCGGGGGCCCCGAGAUUUCGUCCCUGAACUCUAAGCCUUGGCUUGUCCUGCCUCCCCUACUGCUCUGUUUCAAUUCCUCCAGUUUUCCCAAGCCCCCCGUAGGAAUUCUGCCACACCCCAACAGCCAUUCAGCCAAAUUUCGGAGCACAAUACCUGCCGCCUCAUGCCUUCUUAUCCUGUCUAAGGUUUGGCUAAACUAUGCUAGGAAGCCUCUCAGCUGACCUGAAGCCAUUCUUCUCGACUAACCAGGACGAAUUUUUGUCCUCCAGAGGAGAAAUAUUGGGUGAUAUGUUGGCAAGAGGCCCCUCAACCCCCCCUCCGUCCACAGCCAUGUCCUCACAGAUCUAAUGCAGUUUCCUUUGGUGGCUGCCUGCCUAUUUUCUCUCUCCUGCCACUUGUGUUUUAUUGCUGAUAUCGCUGACAAACCAACACCUAGAAACACCUUUCCCUCCAUCAACAUCAAUCUCACCCUGCCGUCCUGCUCACCUGAUAAGCAGCGUGUUGAAGCUCGCCCCAAGUUCAAUCCCACUGCUACUCUGCUCACCUGCCUAGCCCAUCAGUGUUUGCCCCCGCCCCACAGCUCCACUGCGCACAGAAUGUUGUGUUCAAUUGUUUCGGUUUCCAGAGCACUCGGCAUUGAAGGGGAUAAACAGAAAAA